AUGGCAGACAAAAGUGAACAACACAAUACUACAACCACCUCAUCACCAUCAAUCUCAAAGCCAACCACUACAGCAAGUUCUACCCCAACUUCUGACUGUGGUGACAAAAAUCAAAAGCAAACUGAUGAUGCAGAUCCUAUGGUCAUUCCCUUAACUUCGAGGCAUACAUCAACAACUUGGAGUCACUUUAUAAGAAAAAGAGUUGGGAAGAAAAUAAAAGCUGAAUGUAACUACUGCAAUAAGCAACUUACUAGAGGACCAAGAGCGGGGACAAGUCACUUAACCGAGCAUGCAAAUAAAUGUGUCAAAAAAUGCUUAGAUAUUCGACAAACAAGGCUAUUUGGAACACAAGCUAAAGAUGGUGGUUCGAAUGACACUCUUUCUUUGGCACCAUAUGAAUUCCACCAAGAUAAAGGGAGAAAAACUUGGCAGAAAUGA